CGUGAUCUCAAGAGGACGUGUCUCUCUCUGAAAAUAAUACAUCUCUCUGAACAAAAAUUAUAAUACCAAACGCCGCGUGUGCUAGUGAGUGUGUGUUUUGGAUCUUAAAGCGUGUGAUGAACGAGCGCAUUAAUUAAAAGAUAAUCAAAACAAAUUAACAGCGGGCCAUGUCUCAAUGAAACAAUUAACUGGCGGCUUUUAAGAGUAUUAAGAAACCAGAGUUAUCAAAAAACGAUCGAAGAAGGCUUUAUGUUAAAGCUCAGCCCAGCGAGCAUGACAGUUACAGGUCUGCGCCAGACGAUGACCAGCCCCACGGUGCCGCCGAGCAGCAACACACCCGCGGGCAACAUCAGCAGCAGCAACAGCAGCAGCAACAGCAGCAGCAACAUGAGCGGCAGCAACAUGAACAGCAGCAGCAACACCAUCACCAACCUGAGUCCCAAUCAUCAUCCGGCCGGCCUGAAUCCCCUGGCCAGUCCCACCUCGCCGUCGGCACUGCUGCUGGCCCACCAGCAACAUCUGCUGCAGCAGCACCAGCAACACCAGCAGCAACAGCAGCAGCAGCAGCAGCAGCAACAGCAGCAACAAGCGGCCCUCCAGCUGGCUGCAGUGACUCCGCCGGCUCAUCAUCUGCACAAGACCACCUCCCGACUGAGUAACUUUAGUGUGGCCUCCCUGCUGGCGGAUACCAGGCCGCGGACGCCACAAAAUCAGGCAGGAGAUGGACCCCAGAACCUGACCAGUUCGGCGGCCACAUCGCCCAUUUCCCAGGCCAGCAGCACUCCGCCUCCGCCGGCGACCCCGGUUGCCCAGGUUCCCGCCAAUACCUUCCAUCCCGCCGCCGUGGCCCACCACGCCCACUUGCUGCAGGCCGCCCAUGCGGCAGCAGCGGCACAUGCCCAACACCAGGCGAUGGCCGCCCAGCUGCGGCAUCAGCAGCAGCAGGCCGAUGCCCGGGCCAAUUCGCCACCCGCCUCCACAAGUUCCACGCCCAGCUCCACGCCCCUGGGAUCCGCUCAGGGAUCCGGUAACAUAGUCUCCUCCACUCCCGCCAAAAACGAACGCCAAUCGCCGCUGGGCAGUCACACGGACUCUGAGCUGGAGUACGAUGAGGAAAUGAUGCAGGAUCAUGAUGCCGAUCAUGAUGAGGAGGAGGACUCCAUUGUGGAUAUCGAGGACAUGAACGCCGACGAUUCGCCGCGAUCCACGCCAGACGGUCUGGACAGCAGUUGCAAAUCGAUGGAAUCGCCACAUGGUCCACCGCCGGGUUCGCAUAUGAACUCAACGAUACUUUCGCCGGCGGCUUUGGCCUCCGGUCAUGUGCCCAUCCGCCCGACUCCCUUUAGUGCUUUGGCCGCGGCGGCGGUGGCCUGGACGGGAAUGGGCGCCGGAGUUCCGUGGCCAGGAGCCAGACAAAUGGCGCCCUUCGGACCCCCGGGAAUGUUUCCGGGAGCUGGAUUUGGUGGAGAUGCCAACGAACCUCCACGGAUCAAGUGCAACUUGCGGAAGCACAAACCCAACCGGAAGCCCCGCACUCCCUUCACCACACAGCAGCUGCUCUCCCUGGAGAAGAAGUUCCGGGAGAAGCAGUACCUGAGCAUCGCCGAGCGGGCCGAGUUCUCCUCGUCGCUCCGGCUGACGGAGACGCAGGUGAAGAUCUGGUUCCAGAACCGAAGGGCCAAGGCCAAGCGCCUCCAGGAGGCCGAGAUCGAGAAGAUCAAGAUGGCGGCUCUGGGCAGGGGGGCGCCUGGUGCCCAGUGGGCCAUGGCCGGGUACUUCCAUCCCAGCCUGAUGCACCUGGGAUAAGUGGCGGCCCAGUUGGUGGGCCAUGAUCGCCAUCUGGUGCGCCACCAACGCCCCAUGAGCCAUAGUUCCCAUCAUCAUCCUCAUCCUGGUAACCAAAUAACCGCUGUCGCCGGUCCUCGAGCGGAAACCCCCAAAAUUUUGCUGUGAUGUUAGCGCAUUUUACGUUACGAUACUUCCAAAUGUUGUUUCAAAUGCACACCCUGUACAUAACUAUAAGAAAUCAAGAAGCACCCGAUUCUAACCAAUCGAACUUUGUAUAUAGCGAGAGCAAAAGCAAGCAGAAAAAUGUUUCCUAAUUGUACAUAAAUCUAGCAUGUAAACCCAAUCAAUUUAAAUGAAAUACCUUUGUUCGUUCGUUUGUUUCGUUUAAUCAAUUGACAAAGGGAUUGAACGUAAUUUAUUUGCACAACUCAAGUCAAUAAGCGUAAAAACAACAUUAACUAAAUUCAUAUUUGAUUGUAUUGUAUUUUGCAACGUAUGUAAGUCAGUCUAGCUAAUGGAUCGAUCGUGUAUUUAAAAAAUACUUCUAAGCAUCUAAACUAAACUAAUCUAAUGCUAUAACUAUGCCGUUAAAAGUACUUUAUGAUAAUACCACAGACCUAUACAUAUAGUUCAUACAUGCAUAAUAUAUUAUGAAUACCAUAUAGCGUUAAUCCUCUGUAGUUGUUUAAUCAUAAAUCAUAAAAAAAAAAA